UCUCUCUCUCUCUCUCUCAAUCUCCUCUCUUUUCCUCCACCAAUAACCAAUAAUGACUCAAUCACAAGAAGAGUUGUUGGCCGCUCAUCUCGAGCAACAGAAGAUUGACCACGAGGAGCCUUUGGUUGAGGAUGAAGAUGAUGAUGAUGAUGAAGAUGAUGAAGGAGAUGAAGAUGAAGCUGAAGGACAAGAAGAUGCCAGUGGUAGGUCAAAGCAGAGCCGAAGCGAAAAGAAGAGCCGCAAGGCAAUGCUAAAACUAGGAAUGAAGCCCAUCCUUGGGGUCAGCCGGGUCACUGUUAAGAAGAGCAAGAAUAUCCUGUUUGUCAUCUCAAAGCCAGAUGUCUUCAAGAGCCCGAAUUCAGAUACAUAUGUAAUCUUUGGUGAGGCGAAGAUUGAGGAUUUGAGCUCACAACUGCAAACUCAAGCUGCUGAGCAGUUCAAGGCUCCUAAUGUCAGUAAUGUUGUACCAAAGGCAGAGCCAGCACCUUUGCCUCAGGAUGACGAAGAUGUAGAUGAGACUGGUGUGGAACCAAAGGACAUUGAGCUGGUGAUGACACAAGCUGGGGUUUCAAGAGCUCGCGCUGUCAAAGCUCUCAAGGAUGCAGAUGGAGAUAUUGUCUCUGCCAUUAUGGAACUCACAAACUAGAGAAAUAUCACAAUUUAGAUUUGUUUCUCACAGAAAGGUCACAUGUGCCUUUUAAAUAUCCUGAGAUUUUGAAUCAUUGAGGUUGAGAUGGUCUCUUUUUUGUUGUUUUCCGGUUUCCGUGUGUUUUAUUUGUACAAUAUUAGCCUGCUGCUUGGAUGAUCAAAAUGGUUUUCAGGUGAAUUCUUAGUUUUGUGUCUCUA